AGCUCUUUAGAAACCUAUUAUCCGGGUUCACGCCCUUGCAGUUAGUUUGUAUGGAUUUACAAAGUUUUAUUGACUCCAUGUAAAUGAUUAACACGAUUAAUCUUUGACAUAACUCUUCUUCCGCGCCAAGUUGUUGAUGUCUCCUUUAAAGCCAGCAGCUCUUCACCCUCAGCAUCAGUGUGUUUGUUUUUGUUUUAGCCUCAGUUAGCAUCAUGGAGGGCGUCAAGCGGUAUCUGGAGAAUAUAGAGCCCCGGACAGCGGCUCUGUCUACGGGUGCAGCCUGCAUGAUAGGGACCGUGGUGGUGCUGCUGCAGAAAGGCUACACUCACCGGGAGGCAAAGGCUAAGAUCCAGAAGGCACAGAACCGGAGGACCGACAGCCUGCAGCGGGCUGAGCAAGCGGUGCUGCAGUACAACAAGUCGCAUCCAGAGACCGACUCCGCUCUCAUCCUGACGCUGUCUCUCUCUGAGCUGACAAAGAAACUGCAGGAAGGCUCGCUCAACCCUGAGGAGGUGUUUUACUCUUACAUGGAAAAGACUCUGGAUUUGAAUAAAGAUCUGAACUGCUGCACUGGGAUUCUGUUGGAGAGUUUCGAUCAGCUGAAAACUCUUGACUCCAACAGGAAAGGUCUCUUGUAUGGAGUCCCAAUUAGCAUCAAAGAAAACUAUGGAUACAAGAAUUACGACUCUUCUUGUGGUGUUGUCAUUAAUCUGGACCACCCUGCCAAGAAAGACAGCGUUCUUGUUGAAGUUCUGAAGAAACAAGGGGCUAUUCCUUUUGUGAAAACAAACAUACCCCAAGCCCUACUAAAUUAUGAAUGCAGUAACCCUAUCUUUGGGCAGACCUUGAACCCACACAACCCCCUGAAGACCAGCGGAGGUUCCUCCGGUGGGGAGGGGGCUCUCAUCGGUGGAGGGGGCUCCCUGCUGGGGAUGGGCAGUGAUAUAGGGGGUAGCAUCCGUAUACCCGCCUCCUUCUGUGGGACCUCUGGCUUCAAGCCAACUCCAGGUCGACUCAGUUCACAGGGUUUGAGCUCCAUUUAUCGAGGGCAAAAAUCAGUGCUGUCUUGUCCUGGACCCAUGGCGAGGGAUGUGGACAGUCUGGCUCUGUGUAUGCAGGCGCUGCUGUGUGACCACAUGUUCUCUUUGGACCCCACUGUUCCACCCAUGCCUUUUAAUGCGCAGAUUUACCAGAGCUCCAAACCUCUCCGGAUCGGUUACCUAGAAAGCGACGGCUACACACAACCGUCUCCAAGCAUGGCCCGCAGCGUCAGAGAGGUCAAAGCUCUGUUAGAGGCAGCAGGGCACACAUUGGUGCCCUACCGUCAUCUGAAUCUGCAAUACGUUCUUCCUGAACUGGUUGUAAAAGGUAUUCUGGCAGACGGAGCCACCACUCUGCUCCAAAAACUAGAGGGCAGCCCUGUGGACCCUUCUCUCAGAGCACAGAUUGCACCGUACGCUCUUCCUACAUGGUUGAAGAAAACCCUCUCAUUUCUGCUCAAGCCCUUUUCUCCUCGGGUUUCCGCUAUGCUAGGAGGUCUCUGUGGAGUUGGAUCCAUUCAAGAUCUGUGGAAUCAGCAUGCUGCAGUUGAGGACUACAUUCAGGAAACGAUAGCAGAGUGGAGGAAAUGCAACAUAGACGCUCUGCUGUGCCCUGUGAUCGGACCGGCCUACAACCACCUCUACUGCGGCAAGCUCACCAGCCCUGCGUCUUACACGCUGCUUUUCAAUCUCCUACAAUUUCCUGCCGGAGUUGUUUCUGUUUCCACUGUGAAGGCAGAGGAUGAGGAGGAACUGAAGAACUAUAAAGGCGUUUAUCAGGAUCAGUGGGACAAGCUCUUCAAACAGGCUGUGUGUGGAGGCGAGGGUCUGCCCGUGGGGGUGCAGUGCGUCACUCUGCCGUGGCAGGACGAGCUGUGCCUGCGCCUCAUGAAAGAGGUGGAGCAGCUGGUCAAACAGAGCAAAGCGUAAAGGAGGACACACAGAAGAAGUAUGAGGAAAAACACAAUCAAUGUUUGGGAGAAGGAAGUUGAGUAUAGGAAAUGCUUUAAUAUGAAGAGUUUCACUGUUCUGCUAUAUAAGGAUGAACUCAGGCAUUUUCUGCUCAUUGGCUUUUUUAGAUCCAUAAUUUAGAUUUUAUAAAUGUUAAAGGGAAUAUUCAUGUUUACUGAUUUGAAAACGGUACACCUUCUUUGCUUAUCUGUUUGUUAACAUUGUUUUUAAUUUGUCUUGCACUACUAAAACAGGAACUUAGCUUUUGCUGCUUUUAAAUGAACAGUAUUACUGACAUUGACAGGCUUGAUUAUAGGGUGUUUCGGCAAAAUUCAGCAUCCUGAACAUUGAACAUGAAACAGUGUUUGUUCAGUUGGCAUUAUGUUUAAAGGUAGUUUGAGAAACCGGCUCGAGAUACACUUUUUGUUAUAUUCCAUGGAAUGCUCUUAACAUCCCGAUAGCAAUGAAUAUCUUAAGAGCUUUGACAAAAAAUCCAUAAAAAAAUGUCAUCUGUGGAAGCCGUAAUACUGUAAAAAGUACGACCAAUCAUUUUAGCCGGCCCGGCUAAAAUAGCUGGAUGGCCUGCCUGCCUGUCAGCCUUCCAUCGGGGCACAAACUUAUCUCGUGCCCUCAUUGGUCAUGUGCGCGUUCGUGUGUGUUGGAGGAGGGGCUCUGUAAGGAAGUGGCAGAUUUUCUCCGGUUGUGUAUUUUCAAAUUCUAGCGAUCUCGAGCCGGUUUCUCAAACUUACCUACCCCACCUUUAACAUAAUAUUGCAUGAGAAUGAAAUACAUGCUUGAAAUUAAAUUGACCUCACAACAGCGUUAUGCAAACAGUGCAUAGCAACCACACACACAACGUUUUGUGAGUUAGGGUUUAUAAUGAAUAAUGUUGGCACCUGAUUCAUGUGUGUCUUUUUUACAAGAACUGACAGAUUUCUGAAUGUGAUGACAAAAAAUACAAUAAAAUUACUGAUAAGUUGCUA